UUUGUCAAUAUCUCAAUAUACAUAAUUUUAUCAGUUCCUUCAACAUCAGCAGCCUCACUUUCCCCUUUGUUUUGUCACUUACCCUCGUUCUGCAGUCCCAUCAUCCAUGGCUUCGUUUGCAAAUUUUCAUCUCAUCAUCGGCAUCAUCCUUCUUGUCAAUACAGUUCAAGGAAUUGGUGACGAGAUUGUAUUCGAGGAAGGUUACACUGUGUCGACAGUUAUCGACGGCGACAAGCUUCACAUUAACCCUUACUCUGUCUUCUCCUUGUAUGGAUCAUCGUCCGAUCUGAUCAUUCUCGACUCCGUUAAAAGUAAAUUUUACACAGUCUCGUUUUCCGAUUCUCAAGUGAGUGAGAUGAAGGAGCUCUCUGGUAAUGGUGUUGCUGGGUACAAGGAUGGUGAUUUGGGAUCUGCCAUGUUCAAUAAGCCCAAAAGCUUUGCUCUUGAUAGGAAAAACAACAUCUACAUUGCAGACAAAACCAACCAUGUCAUAAGGAAAAUAACCAAAUCAGGCGUGACCACAAUUGCUGGAGGGUAUGUACAAAAGACAGGAAAAGCAGAUGGACCUGCACAAAACGCUUCAUUCUCUGAUGAUUUUGAAUUGGCUUUUGAUCCUCAAAGAUGUGCAUUAUUGAUCUCUGAUCAUGGCAAUAGAUUAGUCAGACAACUUGAUCUCAAUCCCAAUGAUUGUAGUGGCAGUUCUUCUGGAUCUGGAGUGGGGUCCACCACAGCUUGGAGUAUAGGGGUGAUAGUUGCUUGUAUUUUUGGGUUGAUCAUCGGGUUUGCUAUUCGUCCUUAUGUCCUUCCUCAUGAAACAACAUCAGGCCAGGUCAGCAUGACAUGGAAGCAUUACCUAAUCAAUCUGGAGAAACAAGUGGCGACCUUUUGCUUCGUCACCAGAAGCGCAAUUGUUAGCCAUAAACUCUCACAGCUUCCAAACAGACUUUUGAGAUUGUGAUGACGUGGCACCUACGUGUGUGGCAACUGUGUCUUUAUUAGAUGAGUUAGGUAACAACGAGACAUCCAUAACCCACGAUUUAGUUAACGAGUUGAAGGAUUUAGUUACUUUUGAUGCUACCCUUAAAAACCCUAAACCUUUGUUGGAUUAUGGUGUCAAAAAUGAAGAGAAGUCGAAGAUAGAUAGGCAGAUAUAUGCUAACUUUGAGGGUUUUGUGGAAAGUAGUAAUACAACUUCAUCUGUUGUUGAAUCAUGGGGGAUUAGUUCUUAGUUUAGUUUAGUUUUGUUUGUAAGUCAUAUGUCUGGUUUGCUACUUUUGUCUACUUGUUAAUGUGUUGAAAGUUUGAUGAAAUGUUAUGUAAAAAGUAUGAAUGAUGGCUUUCUAUUUCUUAUUGCAUGCAUGCAUGGAUUGUUGAUUGUAUUUUGGUAUAUGGUGUUAUAGCAUAUUAGCAUAGUCAUUUACCAUAUGAAAAAUGUACAUGUUUUUUAUAUAAUGAGUUAAGUCAGAUUUGGG